GUAGGCCGAUCGCAAUCGCGCGGCGAACCCGUGUACCCGUCCUUGUUAGUCCGUCAUUAUUGCCGCUGUCACGUUAACCGGUGCAGCUCUACCCGUUGUCGCCGCCGCCGUCGUCGUCGGAUACGCGUGGGACGAGUGCGCGCGCCGCCGAAGCGCGCGGUGUGUCGCACACGGUCGCGAUCGAAACACGGUCGCCGCGACGAGUGGGGCCCCGUAACCGUCGCCGCGAGCCGAGAACAAACGCGUCUUUGCGCGGGCGCGCGGGAGGUGCUAUGCGGCUCGGUCGCGCGCUGCCGUCAACCGUAACGGCGGUCGCGGCAAACGUACGAACGUAACGUCCGGUACCGGUCUGGCAGAUAAAGUCGCUCUCGCGGGUGCAUCCGACGCGCGCCCGACAGCUUUCCCGAUGUCCGUCACGGCGCCCGUCACGAAGACCGACGAGGAAAACGUUCGUUGGGCCAAUGAAUCGCCUAAUCAUCCUGGGAUAGAUGAUUCAACUUUGUCAUCGAAUGAAAUCAUCACGAGUUUGAACCCUCCAAACGAAUUCAUAUCGAACAAGGACAAUAUUUCACCAAGGCCAAAUUCUGUGCUGUUCGAGAUGCCAUCAGUGAAAGAGUCUUCCGUACUGAAUACUUCCAUAUUAAAAAUACCCCAUCAAAUGAAAAGGGAAUCGACAAUUGAAGAGUUACACAAUACUUGGAGGAAAAUGGGAGCGCAAGCUUUAGCUACUACUCUGUCUGCUCUGUACGGAAAACUACUAGUUGUGAUGGGCAUAGCUUUUCCGAUGUCCGAAGUGAUAUCCACACACAUUCCUCAUUCAUUUUACGAGGGUUAUUACUUGUAUCUUUAUUUUGGAAGUAUGGCGUUUCUUUUUUAUAUGUAUGCAAUGCUGCUCAAAGGCAAGCCCACUAUGACACCAGUCAACAAUAAUUUUAAUAAUUCGGGUAGCAAUUCAAUGUCCGAAGAUGGAUCGGAGGAUAACAGCGACUCGGAAUUUUACGAAGACGAAGGCACCGACGGGACGAAUGUUGCUGACGUCGGAUCGCACCACUGGAAUCCUAACAACCAGAGGACGCACCGCAGACAGUCGAUUCACGUGCCGUUGCCUUCCACAUUUCAACAUUACGGGAGUUUUUACUUGAGAAUGGGUGCCGUCGCAUUCGGCAUAGGUAGUAUGAUUUAUUCUGGACUGGAAUUCGGCCAGUAUUUUGAACUCGAACCAGCGACCAAAUGCCAUAAUGUUCUUUUGGUACUCACACCGGCAACAAGAAUGGCUUUCAUAUUUAUACAGAUGUACUUUAUAUUUUUAAACGACGAGCAACAAAUGAGAGUAACGCGACAUCGGGUAUUGGCGAAAUUUGGGUUGAUGCACAUGAUAGGCACUAACCUAUCAGUUUGGCUGAACGUCCUCGUGCAGGAAACGAAACACGAAAUACUAACGUUUUACAAUCCGGCAGAUAACUCUAUCGGCGUCGACAAACAACCGAAUCAUUUUUCACUGUUCAAAAAAUGGACGACGACCACCACGCAAGCGCCCACGUCCGUCAUGUCGGCGGUGGCCGACCGGUUGCGGCGCAGCAUCAACACGGGGCCGCAUCACAUCUACGAGUGCCGCCGGACCAACAUCAUCGGGUCGCUGGUGCAGAACGCUAGCCCGUUCCUGUUCCCGUGCACGAUCGAGUACAGCCUGAUAUGCGCGGCCAUACUGUACGUGAUGUGGAAGAACAUCAGCCGCGUGCACGUGGACGUGUACCGACAGCGGAAGGCGGAACGGUGCGAGAACCUGGCGCAGAUCACCCACUACAGGAAGUCGCCGCACUACUACUCGGUGGACUGCGCGCAGGCGCACAAGGGCCUGUUCGUGGGCAUACUGUUCUUGGUGCUCACCAUCAUCUCGCUCAUACUGUUCUUCGUGCUCAUAUCCCGGCCCGAGCUCAUCACGUUCGCCGUUAUGGAGGUGAACGUGUGCGAGCUGUCGCUGUACGGCAUGACCACCAUGGCCACGAUCGUCGGCAUGAUACAGGUCAGGCAGCUAAAGUUCGACGGGUUGCGGAACCUGGAGCUGGACAACAUACUGCUGGUGGGCGCGCAGACGGGCACGUUCAUCUACAGCACGUUCACGAUAAUCAGCGGCCACUUCACCGAGGAGAACAACACGGUGCUGGUGCUGAUCACCGCGUCCGCGUCGCUGGUGCAGACGUUCUGCCAGACGGUGUUCAUACUGGACGCGUCCCGUCGGUCGUGCGUCACCCCCGACCAGAUACGCAAGAAGCCCGGCCGGGAGAUCGUCACGUUCCUGUUGGUCAGCAACCUGGCCAUGUGGGCCAUCAACACGUUAGAGAAGUCCCGGGCCGACUCGCACCCCAUACAGCUGCACUUCUACGGCCUGUGGGCCUGGACCAUCAUCACGCACGUGUCCAUGCCGCUGGCCAUAUUCUACCGGUUCCACUCUACCGUGUGCCUGUGCGAGAUAUGGAAACGCUCGUACAAAAUCAAACCGUCGUACAUCAUGUGAUACGGCCGCUCACAGCCGGUGGUUUUUUUUUUUUUAGCUUUUAACUUGUUCUUAUACUUGUACGUUUGUGUGCGUGUGCGUGCGUGCGUGCGUCUUGGCUUUUUGUUAUAAGUACAUUUACGGAUCCGAUGUGAAAAAAAAAAAUUUAACAUAAAAAUGCACGUGUCCUUCCAAAACGCGUGACUCGCGAGAUGUAAAAAAUUUAAUUUUAAUAAACUUAGCGUUACCCGGAAUUCAGAAGAGGUUAUAAACGUAAGAUUAAAAAUACAACUUGCGUCUGCGUGAUUAAUAUCAUGUUCUCCGGGGUAAAAGAUACUCGUAUAUUAUCAAUAGUAUUAUCAUGUUUUAGAAAUCGUAAUAAUGCACAUGUCGACAGUACUUGGAAUAUUACGUGAAUUAAAACAUGAUAUGACCCAUCCCGCCGGGUUUUCAUUUCUAGUUAUCGGUUAUUAGCGUUCUUUCAUAAUGCGUUAAUGAUAAAUCAACAUAUCCGAUCUAUGUUAUUCUGGACAUCCAACGUCCAGCGGUUCACAAACACUUGCGUCGCAAUGUAUUAUUAUUAGUUACUAUACACUUCAAGCACACGAUUCAUAUUGAAAUUGUGUAAAUCUAGAAUCGAGAUUAUAACGUAACAUGUUCACUAAUUUUGUUCUCUUUUUUAAUAUUUUUCUAUUACUUUUGACGGUAAAGUAUAACAGUAUAGUUUUCUUUUUUUUUUCAUAUUUUAUUGAUUUUUUCUCAUUGAAAAAUAGGUUUAAUAUUUCACGACAUACUCUACGAGUGUAAUAGCUCUUCCUUUGGAAAAUACUGUUCUAGACGUAACUGUGUUUCGUAAGGUUCAACAAAAAAACUAAAAAAUUUCACUAUGCAUGUUUCUCUAUACUUUUCAAUUCUAACUUAUCGGUCCUAAACUACUUGUGUCUAUAAGUGCUGAGUGUGCAAUUUUUCCGGUUUGUAAAUAUUUUAGAGAAUUAUUCGUUUAAUCAAUUAAUUUUUACUGGCAUUUUUCGUAUACUAUUUUUACCAUGAAAUAUGAUCAUAUAACCAAAUUCAAUUGAUUUUAGUUUUAAGUUACCAAAAUACAAUUUUUUUUCAGA